CGGGAGUUGGAACCGGAAAAUAGUCAAAGGCAAGUUCGCGCUGAAAAGAGCAUUUGCUCGUUUCCGUAUCAUAGACAUUAACACCAGGGUCGGAUUUAGCUGUAGCCUAUGCUGAGGUGAAGUUGAAGUGAACAGCCAAAGUCAGGAGCCGACCUUUUCGACUGGAGAUGGAAAAAGUGUUGUCGUGAGCGGGAGAGAAGAAGAGAAGAGAAUUGAAGAGCGAGAGAAAGGGAGAAAAAAAAAAAAACUAACCUACCUAUACUAUAGCCUUAGUGACGCAUCACAGCAGGACAUUUGACAGAAUCUAAAAUCAUUCAACCCAAGACGGACACGGACGAGGCAGUGUGGAGCAGGCAAUGUCGUGGAGUGUGGGUUUCGGUGGCAGGAUGACGGUGGCCAAGCUUCUCCUAUCCUUCUUCAUCCUAAACUCCUUUUGCGAAGCCUCCAACCAGCCUCCACGCUUCCAGAACUACUUUUUCCACUCCUAUCUUCUCAUCUACGAGAACACACCAGUCGGCACAUCAGUAACCCAGCUGCAGGCGGGAGACCCAGACCAGGAGCCCCUCAUUUUCGGGGUAGUGGGAGAGGAGGCCAUGAGGUACUUUGCAGUGGAGAGAGACAGUGGAGUAGUGUGGCUACGACAGCCCUUGGACCGCGAGACCAAGUCAGAGAUGCAGGUGGAGUUCUUUGUGAGUGACAGCCAAGGGGUGGUCAAAGACACAGUGAAUAUUCAGAUAGGAGAUGUGAAUGACAACUCCCCUACUUUCCAUGGCCAGCCAUACACAGUACACAUUGCAGAGAACACUCCAGUGGGCACCUCAGUCUACCAGGUGAAUGCCACAGACCCAGACCAAGGCACGGGGGGCAGUGUGCUCUUCUCUUUCCAGCCCCCCUCUUCCUUUUUCUCCAUCGAUGGAGCCCGUGGUACAGUCACUGUCACCAGGGCUCUGGAUUAUGAGACGACAUCGGCCUACCAGCUCACCGUCAAUGCCACGGACCAGGAUAAGACUCGCCCUCUGUCCAGUCUAUCUAAUUUAGCCAUCACCAUCACUGAUGUUCAGGACAUGGACCCCAUCUUUACCAACCUACCCUACAGCACCAACAUAGGGGAGGACGUCCCACCGGGCUAUGAGGUGCGCAAGAUAAGAGCCAUUGACCAGGAUCUGGGGAGACCGAGAGGCAUCGGCUACACCAUCAUCUCAGGCAACACCAACAGCAUAUUUGCUCUGGCCUACAUCAGUGGCUCUUUGACUGUGAAUGGACAGCUGGACAGAGAGAACCCCCUCUACUCAUCCGGAUUCACUCUAACCGUCAAGGGCACGGAGUUGAAUGAUGACCGUACCCCGACGGAUGCCUCGGUGAUGACCAACUUCACCAUACUGCUGAUUGACAAGAACGACAACGCGCCCAAGUUCAACAGCUCCGAGUACCGAGUGCGUAUCACUGAGCUGGCCCAGGUGGGUUUCGCCCUACCCCUCUUCAUCCAGGCUGAGGACAAGGAUGAGGGAGUGAACAGUAUGUUUCAGGUGUUCCUAACGGGGAACAACUCGGAUCACUUCACCAUUUCACCCACAGCGGUGCAGGGCCGUGCUGACAUCAGGGUGAGGGUGGACGUGCCUCUGGACUACGAGAACAUCCAAAGAUACAGCUUCUCUCUAUAUGCCAAUGAGUCCAUGUCAGAACAUGUGGGUUUUGCCCGUAUCUUCAUUGACCUGAUCAAUGAGAAUGACAACCGGCCCAUCUUCCUUAAAUCCCUGUAUAACAUCAGUCUGCCUGAGAAUACACCCAGAGGAACCUCCCUCCUACGCAUCCAGGCUAUAGACGGUGACUUUGGCACGUUUGGGACAGUGCGGUAUUACUUCAGUGAUGAGCCUGAACAGUUUUCAUUGGACCCUGAGACAGGCUGGGUGCAUCUGUGGGGCAAUCUGGACUAUGAGCUGAUGCGUCGAUUCACUCUGACCGUGCUGGCCCGGGACGGGGGUGGAGAGGAGACCACGGGCAGGCUGUGGGUCAACGUUCUGGAUGUCAAUGACAACACACCCCUUUUCCAGAAGGAGGCCUACAUGGGCUCACUGAGAGAGAACGAACAGGCCGCGCAACAGGUGGCCCGAGUCAGGGCAACAGAUGAGGACUCUCCCCCUAACAACUUCCUGACCUACACCCUCACAUCAGUGUCUGCGUUCCGUGGUUACUUCAGAAUCACCAUGGUGGAGGGCUACGCAGUGAUCAGUGUGAACAGCCCUCUGGACUACGAGAUGGUCCCUGAAGGAAUGAUCUACCUGACUGUGAUGGCUAAAGACGGCGGGAACCCAUCCCUUAACAGCAGUGUCUCUGUCACCGUUGAGCUGUUUGAUGAGAAUGACAACCCGCCAAAGUUCAGCAAGCCGUCCUACCUCGUCAAGAUCCCCGAGAACAUAAUUGCAGGGGCGACGGUUGUGUUUGUGAAUGCCACUGAUCUGGACGCCUCCCGGGAGUUUGGACAGGCCUCACUCAUCUACUCCCUACAGGGCUCCUCCCAGUUCCGCCUCAACACACGCUCAGGAGAGAUAACCACUACAGCCUUACUGGACAGAGAGCUGAAGUCAGAGUACAUCCUGAUUGUCAGAGCUGUGGAUGGAGGGGUGGGGCCACUGCAAAAGACUGGCAUUGCCACGGUGAACAUCACCAUCCUGGACAUAAAUGACAAUUCCCCCAUGUGGCGAGACGAGCCCUACCACGCCAACGUGGUGGAGAUGAGCCCCAUCGACACUGACGUCAUCUCUGUGCUAGCGAUAGACCCAGAUGUUGGGGACAAUGGGACAGUGGUGUACAGCAUCAGCCCAGAGAACCCCUUCUACACCAUCAACAGCAGCACAGGCAAGAUCAGGACCAGCGGGGCCGUGCUGGACAGAGAGAGGUCCAACCCAAAAGACAUCCUGCUCAUGAGGACCAUCAUCGUGUCUGCUGUCGAUCUUGGCAGACCUCCACUGCGUUCCUCAGUCAGCACCACGGUGUACGUCAACUUGCUGGACCUUAAUGACAAUGACCCCAUCUUCCUUAACCUGCCCUUUGUGGCCGAGGUGCCAGAGGGCCUGCCUAGUGGAUCCUCUGUGUUCAAGAUCCAGGUGGAGGACCCUGAUCAGGAGGAGAAUGGUAUGGUUACCAUGGGGCUACUGGUGGGCAUGCCACGCGUUGAUUUUUAUCUCAACACCACCACAGGUGUGCUGUACUCAACGGCAACUCUGGACCGCGAGCAGAUUAGCCUGUACCACCUGAGGAUCGUGGCGUACGACCAAGGGCAGAACCCACGCACCUCCACCAGCACCCUUACCAUCACAGUCCUAGAUGCCAACGACGAGACCCCCACCUUCUUCCCCAAGGUGUACAACGUGUCCCUGCAGGAGAGCGUCCCCAGGGACCAUGUGGUGGCUCGCCUCACCUGCUCCGACAAUGACGCUGGCCUUAACGCCGAGCUCAGCUACUUCAUCACAGGUGGUAACCAGGAUGGUAAAUUCAGUGUUGGCUUCAGAGAUGGUGUGGUUCGGACUGUGGUUGGCUUGGACAGAGAGACACAGGCUACAUACUCACUGGUCAUAGAGGCUAUCGACAAUGGUCCAGCAGGCAGCAGGAGGACAGGCACAGCCACAGUGUUUGUAGAAGUACUGGACGUGAACGACAACAGACCCAUCUUCCUCCAGAACAGCUACGAGACCAGCAUACUGGAGAAUGUCCCCAUAGGAUCCAGCAUCCUGCAGGUGCAGGCCACAGAUUCAGACCAGGGGGAGAACGGCAGGGUUCUGUACAGGAUCCUCUCUGACAACAGUAAGGGUCUGUUCAGAAUUAAUGAGCUGUCGGGGCUUGUGAUGCGGGGCCAAAGGGCUCUGGACAGAGAGAGCAGCAGCUCCCACGUGCUGGAGGUGGAAGCCUACAACAGUGACCAGGGCAGGAUGAGGAGCUCCGUACGGGUGAUAGUGUAUGUGGAGGAUGCCAAUGACGAGGCACCAGUGUUCACCCAGCAGCAGUACAACCGCCUGGGUCUGAGGGAGACCGCUGGCAUUGGCACCUCUGUCAUCGUAGUACGAGCUACAGACCCCGACACUGGUGACGGCGGGGCGGUGGCCUACGCCCUGGACUCCGGCUCUGACCGUAAGUUUGAUGUGGAUGUGAGCACGGGCCUGGUGACCACUGUAGACUACCUAGACUACGAGACCAAGACCAGCUACCUGAUGAACGUGUCGGCUACCGACCAGGCGCCACCGUUCCACCGUGGCUUCUGCAUGGUCUAUGUGACCUUACUUAAUGAGCUGGACGAGGCAGUGGCGUUCUUCUCUGCGGGCUACGAGGUGUCACUCCUGGAGAACAUUGCCACAGGAACGGAGGUGGUGCAGGUGCAGGCACAGUCGGCGGACAACCUCAACCAGCUGUCGUAUCGCUUUGACCCGGACACAUCGCCAGCCGCCCUUGCCCUCUUCAAGGUCGACAGUAUCACGGGCCGUAUCACAGUCACAGGGUUGCUGGACAGGGAGAAGGGGGACCUCUACACCCUGACUGUAGUGGCUGACGAUGGGGGACCCAAUAAAGACUCCACUGUGGUGUCAAUCACCAUACAGGAUGAGAAUGACAACAGUCCAGAGUUUGAUAUCACAUCUGAUUCAUUGGUGGAGAUUCCAGAGAACACACCCAUCGGGAAGAGAGUGGCUGUGGUGCUUGGGCGCGACAAAGAUGCCGGGAAAAAUGGACUGGUGUACUUCAGGCUGGUGGCAGGGAACAUGCAGGAUGUGUUUGAGAUCCGGACAGUGAACCACACCUAUGGAGAGAUCUACGUCAACUCCCCUCUGGACCGAGAGUCUGUUGACCGCUACCUGCUCAAGGUGCGUGCUAUGGACAGCGGUGUGCCUCCCCGCUACAGAGACCUCCCUCUAAUCAUCAACAUCCUGGACAUCAAUGAUAACACACCCAUCAUUGAGAGACAGGUGGGCUACAAUGUCAGUAUCAGCGAGAAUGUGGGAGGCGGUACGUCCGUCCUGCGCGUGGUGGCCACAGACCGUGACAUCGGGCCCAACGCCAUGCUCUUCUACUACAUCACCUCGGGUAACAAUGAUCUCACCUUCCGGAUGGACCGCAUGACCGGUGAGAUGGUGACACGACCAUCCCCACCUGACCGUGAGCGCCAGCAGGAGUACCGGCUGAUCAUGAUGGUGGAGGACGACGGCGCGCCGUCACUAUCGUCAUCGACUACCAUCUACGUGCGUAUAGUGGAUGAGAACGACAACGCGCCAGAGUUUCCAGAGGAAGAGUAUGUGACGGUGCUGAGCGAGGGCCCCAACACCGUGGGUGCCAUUAUUGCCACGGUAACCGCCAUCGACCCAGACGAGGGCCUCAAUGGCACCCUGCGAUAUGCCAUCAACCACGGAAACCUGGACAUCACCUUCCACAUCAAUCACACUACCGGACGGAUUGUUGCAGUGAAGGAGCUGGACUUUGAGAUCAGCAAUGGACACUACGCACUUAUCGUCACAGCAACGGACCAGUGUCCUAUCCAUGCCCUCCGCCUGACUUCCAGCACCACGGUGUUGGUGAAUGUCCUGGAUGUGAACGAUGUGACCCCCACAUUCACCAAGCCCUAUGAGGGGCCCUUUGAGAUAACAGAGGGCCAGCCGGGGCCUCGGGUCUGGACCCUCAAGGCCAUCGACCAGGACUCUGGGCUCAACGGCAAAGUGGAGUACAGCAUCACUGCCGGAGACCCCCAGAAUGAGUUUGUGGUAUCUCCAGUGGAGGGAGAGCUGCGUGUGAGAAGAGAUGUGGAGCUGGACAGAGAGACCACACCCUUCUACAACAUCACUGUCAUGGCCAAAGACCUGGGCAACCCACCACGCAUCAGCAUUGUGGUGGUGGGUGUCCAUGUGCUGGACAUCAAUGACAACGACCCCAUUCUGUUGAACCUGCCCCACAACACCAGUGUGAGAGAGGGGGCGUCCAUCCACACCUUGGUGACCACGGUCCAAGCACGAGACAUGGACAGUGGACGCAAUGCCCUGCUCACCUACAACAUCACUGCCGGAAACCACGAUGGAGCUUUCUACAUCAAUGACACUACAGGGAUGGUGCAGGUGAACAGGCCUCUGGACAGAGAAAGGGUGGGGGAGUACAGACUGACCAUCACUGUUAAAGACAACCCUGAGAAUCCCCGCAUCGCUCGCCGGGACUCAGACAUGCUGGUGAUCACAGUUCUGGAUGAUAAUGACAACAGGCCCAUAUUCACACAGACCAGCUACCGGGCUGAGAUCACUGAGAACUCCCCCUCAGGCAGUGCUGUGUCAGUGUUGAAUGGACCAGUGUUGGCUGAGGACAAAGACAUUGGGCCCAACGCUGUGGUCAGGUACCGUCUGCUGGGAACAAGACUGGACCUCUUCACUGUGGACUCUGAUACAGGUGUAGUUCGUGUGCGACAGAAGGCUCUGUUGGACCGCGAGGCGUUUGUGGAGCCGCGGGUGGAGCUGCUCCUGGUGGGGGAGGAUGUGGGAGGACUCAACAGCAGCGUGCCCCUCACUGUGACAAUCAUGGACCAGAACGACAACCCUCCUGUCUUUAACCCCCCCAGCCUCACUGUGCACCUCCCUGAGAACAGCCCCACUGGUGUGGUGGUGACCCAGCUGUCCGCCAGUGAUGCUGAUUCAGGCUCUAAUGCCUGGCUGCUUUACCGGCUGGAGAGCGGUGCCCAGGACCGCUUCGUAGUUGACUCCCUCUCUGGUGCCGUCCUGGUGGGAAACUCCACCCUUGACCGCGAGGAGCGUGGCUCCUACCGCCUGGUUGUCGUGGCUACUGACCGUGGCACACCCUCAUUGUCGGGCACGGCUACCCUGUCGGUCAUCCUGGAUGAUGUCAACGACUCACGACCACGUUUCCUGGAACCCGUGACAACUAUUAACAUAAACGAGUCUACACCACCGGGCGUGGUGGUGGCAACGCUCACCGCGAAGGACCCUGACCUACGACCCCGGCUGGAAUAUUACAUCAUCUCUGUGGAGGCGAAGGAUGAUGGAAAUAACCCUGUUGGUGGGCUGCAAGAGUCAUUCGGCAUCGAUUUCCACACGGGUGCUGUGUUUGUGCGUAACCCACUCAACAGAGAGCUGGUGGCCACCUUUGAGAUUCUUGUGUCGGUGCAUGACAACGCCAGUGAUGUCAUUGACAUGUCAGUCAGCGUACCUAAUGCGAGACUGAUAGUGAACGUGCUGGAUGUGAAUGACAACGCCCCGCGGUUCAGACCCUUUGGAGUGGCCAACUUCUCAGAGAAGAUUCUGGAAGGUGCUCAGCCAGGCACCACUCUGCUGUCCGUGUCAGCUGUGGACCCAGACAAAGGCCCUAACGGACAGGUCAUCUACCAGCUGCUACACCUUCCCAGAGGGGACUACCUCAGACUGGAGGAUCCAUCAACUGGUAAGAUCGUAGCCUACCGGACGGUGGACUUUGAGCAGGUGCAGUGGCUGAACUUCACAGUGAGAGCCCAGGACCACGGCAGUCCACCCAAAGUGGCUGAGCUUCCUGUCUACCUGCGUAUAGUAGAUGUCAAUGAUAACAACCCUAUCUUUACACAACCCUCUUACCAGAAGCCAGUGUUUGAGGAUGUUGACUUGGGCACGGUCAUAGUGAGAGUCAGAGCCACAGAUGCAGACUCUGGCCUCUUCUCUGUCAUCGAGUACAGCCUAGUAGAUGGAGAGGGCAAGUUUGGCAUCACUCCCUCCACUGGUGACAUCUACAUUCUGUCUCCACUGGACAGAGAGACUAAAGACCACUUCACCCUGACAGCCAUCGCUAGGGACAACCCUGGCGGCAGCCCCAACAACCGACGAGAGAACUCUGUUCAGGUCUUGGUGACCGUUCUGGAUGUGAAUGACUUCCGUCCGCGUUUCUCAGAGCGGGCCUUUGAGACCAGUGUAUUUGAGAACGAGCCCAGUGGGACGUCUGUGAUCACGCUGACUGCCACUGACUUGGACGAAGGGCAGAACGGCCUGCUCUCUUACAGCAUGCAGGGCCCGGGGGCAGAUGCCUUCUCUCUGGAUGCUGACACAGGUCUGGUGCGUUCUCUCCGUCUGCUGCAGUCCUUUGAGCACUUUAACUUGACGGUGGUGGCUACAGACCAGGGAAGACCACCCCUCUGGGGCACCGCCACCUUACACAUCAUCAUCAUAGACGUCAACGACAACAGGCCCAUGUUCGUCAGGCCCACCAACGGCACCAUCAUGCACAUCAUGGAGGAGCAGCCCCCAGGCCUGCUGGUGUAUGAGGUGUUUGCGACAGAUGGGGAUGAAGGGGUGAAUGGAGAGGUGCGCUAUGCCUUCCUCCAGACAGGAGCUGGGAACAGAGACUGGGAUAACUUCCACAUUGAUGCUAUUACAGGAGUCAUCACCACCGCCAUCAAACUGGACCGAGAGAAGCAAGCCCUGCACAGUCUGAUUGUUGUGGCCUAUGACCUGGGUCAGCCCGUGCCUUAUGAGACCACCCAGCCCUUACAGGUUGCGCUGUUGGACAUUGAUGACAACGAGCCUGUCUUCUUUAAGCCCCCGCGAGGCAGCCUGCCGUACCAGACUCUGUCUGUGGCAGAGCACUCUACUCCAGGGACAGUAGUGGGUAACGUGACAGGAGCUGUGGACGCAGAUGAAGGCUCAAACGCUGUAGUCUACUUCUUCAUAGCAGGGGGAGAUACUGAAGGUAACUUUGGCCUGAGCCCAGGGGGCGUACUGAAGGUGAAGAAGGAUCUGGAUCGUGAGGACAUCUCAGUGUACUCCAUCAUCAUCAAGGCCUCCAGCCACAGGAACUGGGCCCCUGCACGGGGUCAAACGUCAGCCUGGGGAAGAGCACUUGACCCCAGCCGUGACCCAACCCUGCAGGAGGUCAGAAUCUACCUGGAGGACAUCAACGACCAGCCACCACGCUUCACCAAGCUAGAGUACACUACAGGUGUGGCUGCUGAUGCCAAGGUAGGCUCAGAUCUGAUUCGGGUACAGGCCAUAGACAACGAUGUAGGGAACAACAGUCUGGUGCUGUACCAUGUCCUGUCCAUCCGCUACAUUAAACUCCAGUCCAAUGACACUGAGGACAUAGGAAACAGCUUCAUCAUAGGAGAGACAGAUGGGAUCAUCCGUACCUAUGACCUGUUCACGGCUUACGACCCGGGCUACUUCGUGGUGGAGGUGUUGGCACGGGACCUGGCGGGCCACAGUGACAUCGCCAUGGUGGGCAUCUACAUCCUGCGGGACGACCAGCGGGUGAAGAUCGUCAUCAACGAGAUACCAGAGCGGGUACGACAGUUCCAGGAGGAGUUUAUCAACCUGCUGUCCAACAUCACCGGAGCCAUUGUCAACACGGACGAUGUGCAGUUCCACGUGGACAAGAAGGGCAGAGUGAACUUUGCCCAGACAGAUGUGCUCAUACACGUGGUCAACAAGCACACCAACCGCAUCCUGGAUGUGGAAAAGGUGAUUCAGAUGAUUGAUGAGAACAAGGAACAGCUGAAGAACCUUUUCAGGAAUUACAACAUCCUGGAUGUCCAGCCUGCCGUCAGCGGGAGAGCACCUGAUGACCUCACUACGCUACAGAUGGCCAUCAUUAUCUUAGCUGUGUUGCUCUUCUUGGCAGCCAUGUCAUUCAUCUUCAUGAACUGGUACUAUCGCACAGUACACAAGAGGAAGCUGAAAGCCAUUGUAGCAGGAUCCACAGGGAAGCAAGGUCUCAUGGACAUCCUGGAUUUGCCCAACACCAAUAAAUACUCAUUUGAGGGGGCGAACCCUGUGUGGCUAGACCCGUUCUGUCGGAACCUGGAGCUAGCUGCCCAGGCAGAGCAUGAAGACGACCUGCCGGAAAACCUCAGUGAGAUCACUGACCUGUGGAACAGCCCCGUGCCUACUCACGGAACAUUUGGCCGCAAGCCUCAGGCCAAGCCUGAGGAUGACCGUUACCUGAGAGCAGCCAUCCAGGAGUAUGACAACAUCGCCAAGCUGGGCCAGAUCAUGAGAGAGGGGCCCGUUAAGGGCACAUUGCUCAAUGUGGUUCUGGACGACUACCUGAGGCUCAAAAAGCUCUUUGCAGCCAGACUGGUCACCAAGUCGACCAUCCAAGGCGACCAAUCGUCAGUCACAGAGCUGAUCCAGAGUGACCUGGAUGAUGACGAGGAUGAGCGAGUGGGCAUGGGUGGCAGCUGGGGUACGCUGCGCUUCAAACACAAGCUCCCCAUGGAGAUGAGGGGACCCGACGGCGUGCACGUUGUUCACGGCAGCAUGGGCACGCUCCUGACCUCUGACCUCAACAGUCUGUCUGAGGACAACCAGCUGGCCCUGGCGCGCUCCAUGGAGGCGCUUAACGCCACCGACAGGGGGCUGUACACCGAGCGCAAUGCCCGUACUGAGUCGGCCAAGUCCACGCCGCUGCACCACAACAACAAGGUCGAUGAUACACUGUCCCAGAGCCCGCUGGAGAUCACGGAGUUAUGACUAGCCUCGCUGGUCUGAGAAGAUCCACCACUGAGUGGAAUGUCCUCCUGUCCCCCUGACUCUUCCUCUAUCCUCUCCUCAUAGACUGAGUGUCAGACACUGACCACUGUGACCAGUAUACAGCCAGGAGAGAUUUGGGAAAGCGGGCAGAGGGCCAGGGGUUGGAGGAGGUGGAGUGUGUGUAUAGUCUGGGAACUUCAAAUGCCAGUGAAGAUCUUUGUGAGCCAUGGAAGGUAUGUGUAAGGGAUUUUAAUUUCAUUUAAUGCCUGAUGGUGGAUCAAAUGCAUAGGCCUGUGUGUCAAUUGAAGACCUGGAACAUAAAAUAGCAAAGCAAACUGAAAGACUUCUAAGAUAAAACAUUUUGAUAAAUAGGACAUUAUGGCCAGCUUAUCUCUUGCAGGAUAUUAUUUGGUCUCUUACACAUUCAGCUAAGAUCCAGGUGCCCAGCUAACAACAUUCCCACACUUUUAGAGAACAUUCCGUUAAGAGUCUCAUUAGAUCAUUACCCAGUGGUGUAAAGUACUUAAGUAAAAAUACUUGAAAGUACUACUUUAGUCAUUUUUGGGGGGAUAUCUGUACUUUACUUUUAAUUUUCUUUAGUAAUGUAGUGAAGUUAAAGUGUGUAUUUUUUGCUCCAUACAUUCUCCCUGACUUCCAAAAGUACAUUACAUUUUGAAUGCUUAUCAGGACAGGAAAAUUGUCUAAUUCACACAAUUAUAUCAAGAGAACAUCCCUUGUCAUUCCUACUGCCUCUGAUCUGACUAAACACAUGCUUUAUUUGUAAAUUAUGUCUGAGUGUUGGAGCGUGCCCCUGGCUAUCCACGUUUUUUUUUUAAGUGCCGUCUGGUUUUCUUAAUGUAAGGAAUUUGGAUACUUAAUUAUAUUUAAAACCAAAUUAUUUUAGACUUUUACUCAAGUAGGAUGUUGCUGGGUGAUUUUCACUUUUACUUGAGUCAUGUUCUAUUAAGGUAUCUUUACUUUAACUCAAGUAUGACAAUUGGGUACUUUUUCCACCACUGCCAUUACCUAAUGUUUUCAUAGGACUGUUCCAGUGAUGUGCAAAGACUGUUUAAUUCCUUUUUAAUGUCAAACAGAACUUUCCCAGAACGUAGUUUGCAUGUUCUCAGAAUAUUCAAUAUGAAUGUUCAAGACACAUUCAUUGGGAAUGUUGCAAGGACAUUCCUGUGUCCAGUUUUCUGAGGGUUAGAAUAUUCAAUCAACGUCGUCCCACCAAACAUACACAGAGCAUGGUUGCCAUGUUCUCAGAAUAUCUAAUAUUAUAAUACGCUAAUUAUUCUAAACUGCAAAAGGGACUACUCCUACAAUUUUAUUUUCUUCAUUUUCAGGCUCGAAAGAAGCAUGCCGUCCUUUUACAUCCGGUAGACCACUUUAUAUUAAGCUGGGUUUUGGUUUUUCAGUUUUUGUGUUUGGAUUGGCACGGAUACUAUUGUGUCAUGUUAAUGACAUUACAGCAUAAUUUCGCUCCUCCUCCAGCCCUAUAAAAGGGACCCCUGACCCAUCUAAAAGUAAUUCGUAGUCAAUGACAGAAAGCAUCCACAGGCCUCUACAGGAUGUCCUGGCAUUGCAGGAGAGGAGGCUGCAUGAGGCGUUAGAUAAGCCAGGUAAUUUACAGAAAGUAUUCAUACCCCUUGAUUUAUCCCACAUUUUGUUUUGUUACAGCCUGAAUUCAAAAUGGAUUCAUUGGAUUUUUUUUCUCUCACCAACUACACACAAGUCCUGAUAAUGACAAAGUGCAAACAUUUUUUUUUGAAUUUUUUGCAAAUUUGUUGAAAUUGAAAUACAGAAAUACAGUACAAGUCAACUACUCAUUCAAGAGUUUUUAUUUUUACCAUUUUCUACAUUGUAGAAUAAUAGUGAAGACAUCAAAACUAUGAAAUAACACAUUGAAUCAUGUAGUAUCCAAAAAAGUGUUAAACAAAUGUAAAUAUAUUUUAUAUUUGAGAUUCUUCAACGUAGCCACCCUUUGCCUUGAUGACAGCUUUGCACACUCUUGGAAUUAUCUUAACCAGCUUCAUGAGGUAGUCACCUGGAAUGCAUUUCAAUUAACAGGUGUGCCUUGUUAAAGUUAAUUUGUUGAAUUUCUUUCCGUCUUAAUGCAUUUCAGCCAAUUAGUUGUGUUGUGACAAGGUAGGGGUGGUAUACAGAAGAUAGCCCUAUUUGGUAAAAGACCAAGUCCAUAUUAUGGCAAUAGCAGCUCAAAUAAGCAAAGAGAAACAACAAUCCAUCAUUACUUCAAGACAUGAAUGUCAGUCAUUGCCGAAAAUUUCAAGAACUUUCUUCAAGUGCAGUCGCAAAAACCAUCAAGCGCUAUGAUGAAACUGGUUCUCCUGAGGACCGCCACAGAAAGGAAGACCCAGAGUUACUUCUGCUGCAGAGUUAACUGCACCUCAGAUUUUAGCCCAAAUAAAUGCUUCACAGAGUUCAAGUAACAGACAUAUCUCAACAUCAAUUGUUCAGAGAAGACUGCGUGAAUCAGGCCUUCAUGGUCAAAUUGCUGCAAAAGACACCACAAUGGACAUUAGACCGAUGGAAAUCUGACAUUAGACUGGCGGAAUCUGUCCUUUCGUCUGAUGAGUCCAAAUUUGAGAUUUGUGGUUAAACCGCCGUGUCUUUAUGAGACACAGAGUAGGUGAACGGAUCAUCUCUGCAUGUGUGGUUCCCACCGUGAAGCAUGGAGGAAGUGUGAUGGUGCUUUGCUGGUGACACUGUCAGUGAUUUAUGUAGAAUUCAAGGCACACUGAACCAGCAUGGCUACCAUAGCAUUCUGCAGCGAUACGCCAACCCAUCUGGUUUGAGCUUAGUGGGACUAUACUUUUUUUUCUCAACAGGAUAAUAACCCAAAACACACAUCCAGGCUGUGUAAGGGCUAUUUGACCAAGAAGGAAAGUGAUGAAGGGCCACAUCAGAUGACCUGGCGUCCACAAUUAAACCCCAACUCAAUUGAGAUGGUUUGGGAUGAGUUGGACCGCAGCCAACAAGUGCUCAGCAUAUGUAGGAACUCCUUCAAGACUGUUGGAAAAGCAUUCCUCAUGAAGCUGUUUGAGAGAAUGCCAAGAGUGUGCAGAGCUGUCAUCAAGGCAGUGUGGCUACUUUGAAGUGUUUUUUACAUUGGAUAAAAGCAGACACGGAACUAUUAAAUGGUAUAUCAUACACUGCAUUUGAGGAACAACGGGAAAGUAAUUCUGCUUUGAAAGCUAAUACAUUUGUAUUCUCACUUAUGAGAAACGUCCUAACAGCAGCAGUCAAGCACCCAAGCUAAGUUGUCACAAUGACAUUCUAUAAAAUGGACACUUGCAAAAUGGAGUAUUUUGUUAAAACAUGUAGCUAGCUAGCUAGCUAGCUAAACAAUGAACCAUAAUCCCAACUUAUGGCGUUACUACCCUAACAGCUAACAUUAGGCUAUAACUAGCCAAGCAAAUGUCUCUGAGAUACGAAUAAUAAGAUCAUAAAUGUAACGUUUGCUAGCGAGUCAGCUAACGUUAACUAGCUAGCCAACCAUACAUUUUAACUUGAAAUUAAAAGACAAAGUCAAAAUUUUAAAUGUGUCAUAUCCUCAAAUGUAGCUAGCUAGACUAUCUUACCUGUAUACAUCAUGGUUGAACGCUUCUCCCUGUCACGGAUGCCCUGGUUGCCCUUAGUUUGAAAAUGUAAUCCGGAGACAGGUAUUUUCUCCAUUUCCUUAGCUAUCAUACUCUAAUUCCACUGAUUUCAAAACUCAGUCCUCCAGAAAGUGGAGAACAACACUUCUGCAGUUCUACUAAGCAUUAUAUAUAUUUUUAAAGCUGCGUCAGACAGGAUUACCUACACAUACUGACCAGCUCAAAUAGACAGAAGCGCGCUAUGUGGCAGACCAAUCCUAACUCAUCUCUCGGCAUGUCCAUCCCACUCAUUAUCUCAGCCAAUCAUGGCUAGCAGGAAGGUUGUCAUUUUCUGUGCUAAACCAACAAUACUUGAAAUGUAACAAUUUUAUUAGUAUUUAAAGAUUCCAUACACGUUUGUUAUUAAGGCACAUGAAAGUUCACAUGUUCCAGAAGGCAUUUCUGCCAAAAAAAAAACAUUUUGAUAAAAUAAUAUUACAUUCAAAUGGCUCGUGUGAAAACCCGCGACGUACGCCUAGUUUCCUGAAACGGUUCACAUUUAACACUUUUUGGGUUACUACAUUAUUCAAUGUGUGUUAUUUCAUAGUUUUGAUGCCUUCACUAUUACUCUACAAUGUAGAAAAUAUUUUUAAAAAUGAAGAAAAACCCUGGAAUGAGUAGAUGUGUCCAAACUUUUGACUGGUUCUGUAUCUCAUUUACAUAAGUAUUGACACCCCUAUCCAAUACAUGUUAGGAGUCUUUCUGGGGAAGUCUAAGAGCUUUGCACACCUGGAUUGAACAAUAUUUGACCAUCAUUCUUUCAAAAUUCUUCAAGCUCUGUCAAAUUAGUUGUUUAUCAUUGCUAGAUAACCAUUUUCAAGUGUUGCCAUUGAUUUUCAAUCAGAUAAGGUCAAAAUUGUAACUCGGCCACUCAGGAUUAUUCACUGACUUCUUGGUGAACAACUCCAGUGUAGAUUUGGCCUUGUGUUGUUUUAGGUUAUUGUCCUGCUGAAAGGUGAAUUCAUCUCCCAGUAUGUAACGUUGUGCACUGAGAGUCGGGAAGCAAGUUCAGGGAGUGAAUAAACAAAAUGAUAACACAAAACAAGAAACACGAACAACGCAUAGACAAGAAACAGAAAGAAUAAAGCCUGGGGAAGGAACCAAAGGGAGUGACAUAUAUAGGGAAGGUAAUCAGGGAAGUGAUGGAGUCCAGGUGAGUCUGAUGACGUGCAAUAAAAUGCUAAUGAAUUACUUAAAAAUCAUACAAUGUGAUUUUCUGGAUUUUUGUUUUAGAUUCCGUCUCUCACAGUUGAAGUGUACCUAUGAUAAAAAAAAAUUACAGACCUCUACAUGCUUUGUAAUUAGGAAAACCUGCAAAAUCGGCAGUGUAUUAAAUACUUGAUCUCCCCACUGUGAAGGUAAUCAGGGAAGAGUCUGAUGAUGCGCAGGUGCACGUAAUGAUGGUGACAGGUGUGCACCAUAAUGAGCAGCUUGGUGACCUAGAGGCCAGAGAGGGAGCACAUAUAACACAGUAUCUGGUGGAAAACAGACAAACAGGUUUUCCUCAAGGAUUUUGCCUGUGCUUAGCUCCAUGCCAUUUCUUUUUAUCCUAAAAAAACUCCCCAGUCUGUAACUAUUACAAGCAUACCCAUAACAUGAUGGAUCCACCAAUAUGCUUGAAAAUAUGGAGAGUGGUUCUCAGUAAUGCAUUGGAUUGGAUUUGCCCCAAAGAUAACACUUUGUAUUCAGGACAGUUAAUUGCUUUGCCACAUUUUUUUCAGUAUUGCUUUAGUGCCUUGUUGCAAACAGGAUGCAUGUUUUGGAAUGCUUUUAUUCUGUACAGACUUCUUUCUUUUCACUCAAUUAGGUUAGUAUUGUGGAGUAACUACAAUGUUGUUGAUCCAUCCUCAGUUUUCUCCUAUCACAGCCAUUAAACUUUGUAGCUGUUUAAAGUCAACAUUGGCCUCAUGGUGAAAUCCCUGAGUGGUUUCCUUCCUCUCCGGAAACCGACGUAGGAAGGACACCUGUAUCUUUGUAGUGACUGGGUGUAUUGAUACACCAUCCAAAGUGCAAUUAAUAACUUCAACAUGCUCAAAGGGUAGGCCGUCAUUGUAAAUAAUAAUUUGUUCUUAACUGACUUGCCUAGUUAAAUAAAGGUUAAUAAACACAUUAAUAAAAAUAAAAAGGGAUAUUCAAUGUUUGCUCUUUUUUUUACCAUCUACCACUAGGUGCCCUUCUUUGCGAGGCAUUGGAAAACCUCCCUGGUCUUUGCAGUUGAAUCUGUGUUUGAAAUGCACUACUUGACUGAGGGACCUUACAGAUAUGUGUGGGGUAUAGAGAUGAGGUAGUCACUCAAAACUCAUUAAACAAAACUCAUUAAACACUAUUAUUGCACACAGAGUGAGUCCAUGCAAUUUAUUAUGUGACUGGUUAAGCUCAUUUUUACUCCUGAACUUAUUUAGGCUUGCCACAAAGGGGUUGAACACUUAUUGACUCAAGACAUUUCAGCUUUAUAUUUUUAAAUAAUGUGCUAAAAAAAAUGUUUUAACACAAUUCCACUUUCACAAUAUGGGGAAUUGUGGGUAGGCCAAUGACAAAAACAUCUCCAUUUAAUCUAUUUUAAAUUCAAUCAAGGGGUGUGAAUACUUUCUGAAGGCACUGUACCUGACCUAACAACCCCCUCCCGGUUCUCCCUCCUAACCCCUGAGAUGUUAAAGUCUUCAUAAAUAAAAGAUGGGCUUUUAACUAAAACUGUUAUGACUUUGUCUUUUUAUUAUUAGAUUUUGUUAAAAGUUUAUUUUAGGCAGUAGAUAAUAGCCUAAUAAUAUGUAUGAAAUGCAGAGGGUAAAGUUAACAUUGGAUAUUUGUACAUCGGCAGUAACAUUGUCAGACUCACUCAGUGGGAUUAUUGGGAUUGCGCCGUAUCAACCAGCUGGUUUUCAAUGAAAACAUUGCAGACAACUGGAAAAAAAUUGAGAAGGAAUGGUGGAUUUACUGCAAUGCGGGUCUAUCGGACAAAACAAAGAGGUUCAAGUGUGCACUCUACUUAACCUGGCUGGACCGGACACCAUGGAAAAUCAUUUGUCUUUGCAGAGGAAGAGAAUCAUGAGGAGGUAUUGUUGACAAAGUUUGAACAGAUUACUGUAUGUCUCCAAGUGAAAAAUGUAAUAAUGGACAGACUCGUUAAAUUCUACAAACCGAAAACCUGAUGAAUCUAUUCAGUCCUAUACAUCUAUGCUGAAAAUACUGGCAAAGAAAUGUGAAUUUGGUCCACUAACUGAUGAACUGGUUAGAGAACAAAGUGACAAUAAACUGCUAUGAAAAAAAUUUCA